AUGCAGCACAGUUCCACUGUACCCCACUCCUCCCCUCUUCUCCUUCCUCUCUCCCCUCCCUCUCCUCCGUGUUACCAGCCCAGCUGCCCGAGCCCAGCUGCCCAAGCUACAGGAGGUGGUGGACAAGCUGGGCAUAUCAGUCAUGCAGCACAGCUCCACUGUACCCCACUCCUCCCCUCUUCUCCUUCCUCUCUCCCCUCCCUCUCUUCCAUGUCUCCAGCCCAGCUGCCCAAGGUACAGGAGGUGGUGGACAAGCUGGGCAUAUCGCUCAUAGAGUACCGGGGAGACGACGACCCGCAAGUUGCCCAGUACAUGCACAAGCGCACCGAGCAAGUCAUCAAGUCACUGUGCUGUGUGACGGGCAGUCUCCCAUUCAUCCAUACCCCACUGUCUCUCAUCCCGUCCUUCACCCCCCCCUCAUCCCCCGGUGCAUGCAGGUGCGCAUGCACACAGCAGUGGCGGAGGUGGAGAAGCUGCUGCUGGCAGAGCAGAGGAAGUUUGCCUUCAUCCAUCCGUCUAUCCCCAUUGUUUCCCAAUCCACUCCUCUAUCUCGCACUCCCCCGUCUCCCCCAGGUGCGGAUGCACACAGCAGUGGCGGAGGUGGAGAAGCUGCUGCUGGCAGAGCAGAGGAAGUUUGCCUUCAUCCAUCCGUCUAUCCCCAUUGUUUCCCAAUCCACUCCUCUAUCUCGCACUCCCCCGUCUCCCCCAGGUGCGCAUGCACACAGCAGUGGCGGAGGUGGAGAAGCUGCUGCUAGCGGAGCAGAGGAGGUGCCUGGAAGCCCUCAAUCGCCUGGGCCUUGUGUCUUCAGCUCUCGUGUCCUCCAGCAAGAGGCCAUGGGGGCCGCUUUGGAGAGGCUCAUGUCGCAUGGCAUGCGCUCAGCACUGCAUGUGAUUGAGAGGAGCAGGCCGUUGGCUGCAGUGGUUAGGGAGGAGAACAUGCACAAGGCGUUGACCAUCAUGCGCCGCACUGUGGGAGGGGGCGAAGGGGGGAAGGCCGGCAAAGGAAGGCAGGGCAGUGCCACGUCAUCAGCUUCCACAUCAGGAGCACCCAGGGGUGGCCCCUCGUCUGCUGUAGCGGCUGCCAUCUCGCCGAAGCUGGUGGAGCUUGAGAAGCUGCUGCUUCUGCACUUCAAGGAUGCCCAGCAGCGUGGCACAGGUGACACAAGAGCCAUCAUCUUCUCCACCUUUCGGGACAGUGUGCAGGAGAUUGUGGAGUGCCUGUCACAGCACGAGCCAUUGCUGCGAGUGAAGCAGUUCAUCGGGCAGAGCCCAGGAGCCGACUUGCCUCAGAACCGGGCCAAGGGGUCUGCACGCACCAAGGGGUUUCCACGAAUAAGAGCAAGGGGAGGUGGAAGCGGAGGGGGAAGGGGAGGGCGUGGGGAAGGGCGCGGGGGGAGGGGAGGGGGUGGGCGAGGGGGAGGGAGGAUGGGAGGAAGGGGAAGGGGGCGAGGGACUGGAGGAGGAGCAGCAGCUUUGGAUGGUUUGAACAGAAGUCUGAGUAUCAGGAGGGGAGGGCGAAGCAAUCUUGAUGAUGGUGUGGUGAAGGGUGUGGGCGGGGAGGAGGAUGGAGAGGAGGGAUGGGACGCUGAGGGAGAGGAUUUAGAAGAGGGAAUUGGGCAUGCGGAACAAGAGAGGGCGGAAGAGGAAGGGGACGAGGGGGAGGAAGAAGCAGGGGGGAAGGAGGGGGGUGAUUUGGAAGUGAGGAAGCGGUUGAUGGGUCAGUCACAGAAGCAGCAGCAGGCGGUGCUGGAUGUGAGUGUCUCAUUGCCAUGCCUCCCCGUUCACCUGCUGCUUCUACCUCUCUUACUCUCUUCGCUCGCUUGCAAGGGAGGGGCCACGGAGGGAUGGGAGAUUGAGAGGUUCAACGCCAAGCGCAAGGCCAAUCGAGCUCUUUCCAGGAACCUUCGCACUGCGCACACAUCAGGGGUGCUUCGCUUUCAUGACAGCUUGCGAAUGCUGCCCCAUCGCCUGCCAAAGCCCACUGUUGCCAUCGUCAACAUCCAGCCACCCGCCUUCAGCCCGCCUCGCUCCAAACGACGCCGCCCUUUGGCAUCCCCUUCCUCCUUCGAUCCCUCCGCCAAGAAAGCCCGGGGGAAGCGAACGAGCGGAGUAAGAGCAGCAUCAGGAGGAUCCCCCAUUCCGGUGUCCCAGCUACUGCCAGCUGAAUCAAAUGCUCUCUCGCGGUAUCCCUCCCUGCUGAAGCUUGUUCAGCCGGCUGCAAACUGGCUUGGUGGCGGUUCUGGUGGCGGGGAGGAGGCGAGGCCAGAAUCUAGAUCGGGAGGAGCACCGUCGUUGCAGACGAGAGGAGGGCUUGAGUUGAAGCAGCACGGCAGCGGAAGGAAGGCUGGUGUUGGAUCGAGUGUUGGAGAGGGUAGAGGUGGUGAGAGAGGUAUGACGGAGCACCAGGGAGGAGGGCAGGAGGGUGGCGAGAAGGAGAAUGGCAAUGGGGAGGGCUGUGCAGUGAACAAGGGCGGUGGGGAUUGUGGGGACGGUGGGCGUGAUCUGGCUGGUAAGGGUGGGGGGUGUGGUGACGAGUUGGAGGGUGGUGAGAUGGAGGAGGAUGGGUACGUGGGGUUGGAUGAGUAUGAAGAGCCAACGAUCUGGAGGUAUGUUGGAGAGGAGGAAGCUCGUGAUGAGGGAGGUGUUUUGGAGUCGCCUAGGAGACACAUGGGGGAGGAUAGGGGUCUCAGGGGGGCUGAAUCUGGACCGUUGAGGCGGGAGGGUAAGCAUCCAGCUGCUGGUGGUGGUGGUGGUGGUGGUGGUGGUGGUGGUGGUGGUGGUGGUGGUGGUGGUGGUGGUGGUGGUGGUGGUGGUGGUGGUGGUGGUGGUGGUGGUGGUGGUGGUGGUGGUGGUGGUGGUGGUGGUGGUGGUGGUGGUGGUGGUGGUGGCGGCGGUGGCGGUGGCGGCGGCGGCGGCAGUGGUGUUGGUGGUGAUGCACAAAAUCCCAUUUCCCUGUCGGACGAGGCGAGUGAUGAAGUGUUUCCACCACAGCCACAGCCAGGGACGCUAUCAGCAGCUGAUAAGGAUGGUGGUGGUGGUGGUGGUGGUGAUUGUGAUAGUGAUCAUGAUCGUGAGGUUGGUGACGCUGGUGGUGAUGGUGAUAGUGAAAGCAAGGAAGAGGGAGGAGAGGGAGAGCAGGGGAGGAAAGGGAGAAGCGGGGAUGUGGGGGUUGGGAGGCGUAGGCAAAGGAGAAGGCUGAUGGUGGUGAUGACACAGGAGGGUGUGGAGGAUGAGGGUGGUGGUGGUGAUGGUGAUGGUGUUUGUGGUGAUGCUGGUGGUGGUGACGGUACCGGCGGAGUUAUUGGCAGGGAUGUAUGGAAGGAAAGCAAGGCUGGGGUUGAGUGGGUCAGUGGAUUCGAGGGUGUGACUGUAGCGAAGGGCGCACACGAGGAGGCACUCAGCUCGCCUCAGAUGCACUCGAGAACCCUCAAAAGGCUACGCAGAGGGCGGCAGGUGGGCGGCAGUGAUGGCUGCACGGAACGAGGGGGCAGCAGUGGCAGGGACCGCGAUGCCACACAGGAAGGCCAAGAGGAUGCUGACGUGGCAUGGGCGGAUGAUGACAUGGCGGAUUUCAUCGUCAGCAGGGUGGAGGGAGAGGGGAGUGGGGACAUGGGAGACGAAGAGGAGGAGGAGGAGGAGGAGGAGGAGGAGGAGGAGGAGGAGGAGGAGGAGGAGGAGGAGGAGGAGGAGGAGGAGGAGGAGGAGGAGGAGGAGGAGGAGGAGGAGGAGGAGGAGGGAGAGGAAGAUGAAGGGGGAGAGAGUGGGGAGGAAGAGGUGGAAGAUGAUGACAUUGAGGAAGUGGAAGAUGACGAGGAGGAGGAGAAUGAGGGAGGAGAGGGGAGCAGUGUGGGACGGAAUGGAGGGCCCAUGGUGACGGAGAGGAGCAUGCAGCACAUCUACCGGGCGUCUCUGCUGAGUCAGCUACCUGUGGACCACUUCUCCCCACCACCUCCACGGCGGAGAAAGCACAAGCAAUUCAGACCGACAGACCAUUUGCAGGCAGCAGAUCAUCUGAAGCCUACUGCACAACCCAGCAGCAGCAGAGGCACAGCCACACCCUUUGACUGCCAUGCCCCAGCCUCAGCAGCCAUCCCAGCCUCUUUUCCCCUCUCCUCCAACACCUCUUCCCCGCACUCCCUCAGUGCCUCCCCCCACCCCUCUCCCAGCCCCCCAUCCCCCCGCCGCUCUCUCCUGCCGCAAUUUGCCUCGUCUCCACUUGGGCUUGCCGCCCGCAACGCCAACAAGAUGCGAUUCCUGCCGGCCAGACAAGAUCCUGUGCCACCCAGAGUGCAUGCUGCAUUAGCCCGUGCACAUUGUCUGCCGCCCAGUGCACAAUCUGUGCCGCCCGGGUGGCAUCAAGGGGAUGCGAGGGAGGGGAUGGUGAGUGGCAGUGGAUUAGUAGAAGGCAGGAGCGGGCAUGGCGUGCAGCAUUCCGAUCCCCGUGCAUGUGACUGUACCGAGCGUGAACGUGCCUGUGGUCGAAGUCGUGGCACUUAUAAGUGGGAGGCUGGAUGUGACAUCAACGAGGGUGAGCGUGAAUGUGAGAGUGAAGGGGAGGAUAUAUUCGAGGGGAUUGAUCUAGACGCUCUUGAAGCAGAGGCAUGGGCGAGCAGGAGCAGAGCCGGAGGGGGAGGAGUUGAGAGCAGUGUGGGAGGAGGCGGAAGAGAUGGAGGGAUGAGUGAGCGUGCGGCUACUUCUUCAGCAGCAGCAGGACCAUUGUCCCAACACUCGCCAUCAGCAGCAACAGCAGCAGCAACAGCAGCAGCAGCAGCAGCAGCAGCAGCCGCCGCUGCUUCCGUAGCAUUCCCAGCCAACCGCUCGUGUGCAACUGCCUCUGUUCCAACACCAACACCCACCGCCCCUCUCAAAGCUGCCUCUUCUGCAAACCCCAGUGCAGCAUUCCCCGACACAUCACACACAGCUUCCCCUUCCCCCGGAAUAACCCACCCUCGCCCAGUUGCUGCCUCAGCAACGAAUGCAGCUCAGCUCAGGGACGAAUGGCCUGUGGUGCGGACACCUGUGAAUUGCAGUGAAGCGGUAAAUGACUAUGGGUGUGUGGGUGUGGAUGAGGUGUUUGGGGACAUCGAUUUGGACGCAUUGGAGGCAGAGGCGUUGCAGAAGUCCCACCACAAGAAGCAAAGGGCGGUGGAUUUUGAGGCGCCUCAGAAUGAGGUGUUUGGGGGCAUUGAUCUUGAUGCGCUGGAGGCAGAGGCAUUGGAACAGAGCCAGCGCAAGAAGCGGUGGGGGCCGGCGAGUGAGGUGAUGGUGAAGGGGAGGGUGGCGGCGGUGGAACGGGUUGUUGGGGUGGGAGUGGAAGGAAGCUCGCCGUUGUCACCGCAGUGGUGUGCUUGUGUCGGCGGUUGCUGCAGCUCCCUUAGCUGUGUACGAAUGGCGGAAACAUCUGGAGCGAAUGACGGUGAAGCGUCAGGGCGUUGUAACGGCGGCAAUAUGGUGGAGACGAUUUGCGAGACGUCUCAAAACGCGUCAGGCGGUGAUACUAUUGGGGGAGAAGAGGCGGUAACGAGGCUUGCUGAAAUUCCGAACGCACCAGGAGGGGGCAGUGGAGGAGGGGCGGGGGAAACGAGGUCUGCGCAAGGGGGGAAUGGGGGAGAGGCGGAGGGGGGACAAUGGAAGGAGAAAGCGCUUAGUCUCGAAAAGGCGGUGGGGGUGCUGCAAGCGAGGGUGGCGGAGCUUGAGAGGGCGGUGGAGAAGGAGCGGAAGGAGCGCGCGGCGGAGCGGAAAGGGCGGAUCCGCGCGGAGCAACAGCUGCGCAGCCGCCUGCUCGCCCCUGCCGCCGCUGGCCCCUCGUCGUCGACUGUGCACGCACACGGCGCGCUCGCCGUUGAAUCGCCGCAAGAAGGCGACGAGCAUGGCGACGGCAAUGGCGUUACAGAGAGCGACGCUAGAGACCAGUCAGAGGGCUGUGACGUGGCAGUGACUCAGCACGGGUGUCAGUCCUCACAGGAACAGCGCGGGCAGGAAAACGGGCAGGAGCACGGGCAGGAAAACGGGCCUGAAGACGGGCAGGAACACGAGAGUGUUGGGCUCACCACUUACCCCAUGACUCCCAUUGGCGUUAUCCGCUCCUGCUUCUCUGCCAGGAAUGGCACGCCACGUCAGCCACUGCUGGUGCCAGCGGCACGGGCCUAUCUGGAGCUGCCACGUGGAGGGGUGGCGCCAGCAGCGCUGCAUGGAUUGGAGGGUUACUCGCAUUGCUGGCUGCUCUACGUCUUCCAUGCCAACACGGACAUUCAAAGGCUCUGGUCCGACCCUCACCACCGCAAGUUCCGUGCCAAGGUCCGAGUGCCGAGGCUGCAGGGCGGCAAGCUGGGAGCGCUGGCAACACGCACACCGCACCGGCCCGUGCCCAUCGGGCUGAGCGUUGCCAAGGUGGAGCGCGUGGAGGGGCGGCGGGUGUUGCUGUCGGGAGCUGACUUGGUUGAUGGCACGCCCGUGUUGGACAUCAAGCCGUAUCUGCCAUACUCUGACGCCUUGCCAUCUGCCACAGUGCCACCAUGGGUGGAGCCAUCAGGAGAGGGCGAUGGCAUGCACAUGGCGUCAGUCACCUUCCAUCCUGCCGUCUCCACACAGCUUCAAGAUGCAUGGUUCUCCCAGAGCCACCGCUCGUUAUACUCACACCCUGGUGACCUGCAGGAGCUGUGCCGGCAAGUGCUAUCACGAGACAUACGGUCCGCUUCGCAUCAGAAGUCAAGAGUGGAUCCUUCUAACACAGUGAUGAUGAGGGCACAUCCUUCUGGGCAUGGCAUGACAAAUUCCGAGCAUGAAAGCACCCAUUCUGAGCCCACUCAGAAGUCGAAGCUCGAGCUACCUAGCAUGACGGCGCUUACUGUAGCUUGUAACGCAGUGUUUCACGAUGUGGCACAAGUAGCGUCCGUUUCAAGCUACGAUCCCUCAGAGGAUCUGCAUGGCGAAUACCUCAUGGGUAACUGGCACGGCCAAUGGCGAUCGUGGAAGCCGAUGCAAUCAACGGACGAGAUUAGAUCCAUGAAGUCCGUGAGGAAAUUAUGGGCCACGUCACCAGACCUCACCAGCAUCGCCCACAUGAACGAUUGGUACGACCGCCGGGGCGAUGUUUCCCCGCAGGCCACCGGCGUGGGCGUGCAGUGGGACAUGUCUCUCGCGGAGAACAGCCUGCCAGACGGGUUCUGCCACGUGGCAGCCAGCAACUUCCGCCGCUACACCAUCAGCAGGAAGGCUGACGGGAUCUGGGGGCCUCUGGAGGUGUCAGAUGGGGAAGGGGGCAUCAAGUUGCCUUUCCUGGAGGAGUUCUUCUUCUCCCACAGUGAGCGCUCUAGCUGUUUGGGUUGA